GAGGCAGUUUGGUGGGGAGGGAUUCCCACAGCCUUUGGAGGUGGGCAGAUCUGCCUUGAGCCCUGGCCUGGCCACUUGCCAGCUGAGCAACUUGGCCAAGUUGCUCAGCCUUGCAGAGCCUGGUCUCUUCACUGAUGGUGCUUGUUGGAAAUGCCCUGCAGCCCAGGACCGCGCUGGGAGCCCUGGGGUGAGACUUUGCCCUUUCUGCAAGAUGGACAGGACCACCUCCAGGACGUGCCCAGCUGCUGUGCCUCUCUAAGACCUGACGGUGGGGUGAGCAAACGAUCGUUGAAUGCGCUGCUCAGGAGGGACAGGAGGUGACAUCUCUGAGAUCGCCAAAUGGGAGCUCCGUGAAGACAGCUGCGUAGACUGAGAGUGGCCCAGAAGGAAAGCAGAGGAAUAGAAAAAGGAGGCCCCCCUGGCCAGGCAGCGGCACCCCAAGCCACCCACCAUGGCGCUGGGCUUGGAGCAGGCGGAGGAGCAGCGGCUGUACCAGCAGACGCUCCUGCAGGACGGGCUCAAGGACAUGCUGGACCACGGCAAGUUCCUCGACUGUGUGGUGCGGGUAGGGGAGCGCGAGUUCCCGUGCCACCGCCUGGUGCUGGCCGCCUGCAGCCCCUACUUCCGGGCGCGCUUCCUGGCCGAGCCCGAGCAGGCCGGCGAGCUGCGCCUGGAGGAGGUGUCCCCGGACGUGGUGGCCCAGGUGUUGCACUACCUGUACACGUCGGAGAUCGCGCUGGACGAGGCGAGCGUGCAGGACUUGUUCGCAGCAGCGCACCGCUUCCAGAUCCCGUCCAUCUUCACCAUCUGCGUGUCUUUCCUACAGAAGCGCCUGUGCCUCGCCAACUGCCUGGCCGUCUUCCGCCUCGGCCUCCUCCUCGACUGCGCGCGCCUGGCCGUGGCCGCCCGCGACUUCAUCUGCGCGCGCUUCUCACUCGUGGCGCGCGACGCCGACUUCCUCGGGCUCUCGGCCGACGAGCUCAUCGCCAUCAUCUCCAGCGAUGGCCUCAACGUGGAGAAGGAGGAGGCGGUGUUCGAGGCGGUGAUGCGGUGGGCGGGCAGCGGCGACGCCAAGGCGCAGGCGGAGCGCCAGCGUGCGCUGCCCACCGUCUUCGAGAGCAUACGCUGCCGCCUGCUGCCGCGCGCCUUCCUGGAGAGCCGCGUGGAGAACCACCCUCUUGUGCGUGCCCAGCCCGAGUUGCUGCGCAAGGUGCAGAUGGUGAAGGACGCACACGAGGGCCGCCUCACUGUGCUGCGCAAGAAGAAGAAGGACAAGGGGAAGGAGGCAGCCGGGUCCAAGGCUGCUGACAAGGGCACAGGCGAAGCCAAGGCACAGGAGGAGCAGGUGGAGGAGGACGAACGUAUCAUACCCGGGAUCCUCAAUGACACUCUGCGCUUUGGCAUGUUCCUGCAGGACCUCAUCUUCAUGAUCAGCGAGGAGGGAGCCGUGGCCUAUGAUCCAGCAGCCAACGAGUGUUACUGUGCUUCCCUCUCCACCCAGAUCCCUAAGAACCAUGUCAGCCUCGUGACCAAGGAGAACCAGGUCUUUGUGGCCGGGGGCCUCUUCUACAACGAGGACAACAAAGAGGACCCCAUGAGUGCUUACUUCUUGCAGUUUGACCACCUGGAUUCCGAGUGGCUGGGAAUGCCACCGCUGCCCUCGCCGCGCUGCCUCUUCGGCCUGGGAGAGGCUCUCAACUCCAUCUACGUGGUCGGCGGCAGGGAGCUCAAGGACGGCGAGCGCAGCCUAGACUCGGUCAUGUGCUACGACCGGCUGUCGUUCAAAUGGGGCGAAUCGGACCCGCUGCCCUACGCUGUGUACGGCCACGCGGUGCUCUCCCAUAUGGACCUGGUCUACGUCAUUGGCGGCAAGGGCAGUGACAGGAAGUGCCUGAAGAAGAUGUGUGUCUAUGACCCUAAGAAGUUCGAGUGGAAGGAGCUGGCACCCAUGCAGACUGCCCGCUCCCUCUUCGGGGCCACCGUCCACGACGGCCGCAUUUUUGUAGCCGCUGGGGUCACAGACACGGGGCUGACCAGUUCAGCGGAAGUAUACAGCAUCGCGGACAACAAGUGGGCACCCUUUGAAGCCUUCCCACAGGAACGCAGCUCACUCAGCCUGGUCAGCCUGGCGGGCACCCUUUAUGCCAUCGGUGGCUUUGCCACACUGGAGACCGAGUCUGGAGAGCUGGUCCCUACAGAGCUCAAUGACAUCUGGAGAUAUAAUGAGGAUGAGAAGAAGUGGGAGGGCGUCCUGCGGGAGAUUGCCUACGCAGCCGGUGCCACCUUCCUACCUGUGCGGCUCAACGUGCUGCGCCUGACCAAGAUGUGACCAGCCCGGAGGGCCUGAACUUAGCAUCCCUCCUGUCCUGUGGCCACACAGGCCCGCCAUGUGGGGACUCCCGAGAGGAGGCUGGGAGAGGCCAGAACCCACCUGGAUCCUGUUGUGCCGCCCAGGCUGCUGCUUUGGCAGGGGAGGGAAAUUGCUGCCCAGUCCUGGCCUUUCCGGGCAGGGAUGAGGAACUUAAGGGCUCAUAGGCAUCUCCAUAUCCUUGAGGUCCUUGUUCCAUGAGCCAGAACCACAGAGAGGUGUCCCAGGCUGCAUUCUGGCCCAGUCCCAGCUUGCGUGUGUGUGCGUGGGGAAAUUUCCCCACGGGAAGCCAUCUCCGUACCUGUCAGAUGGGGAGUGUCCCCCUCAAGCACACCCUGCGGCCUGGAUAAGUCACCUUCCUUAAGAAGAAUAAAGUGCCUUCUGAGCAAGUA